UUAGAUCCCAACUGCACUGCACGAAUUAGCUUAUAGCGCGGGGUUGGCAGGACACUGAACAAAAACAAAGGCUCACUCGAUAGAUCAAAGUAUUUGAUUACCCAAACUUGUGUUAAUACUUCGGUUUGUGAACUUGGCGACUACAAAAUGGGUUGUAAUAUGUCCGCCGACCGUUUAUCAAAGAUUCAUAAUCAAACAGUUAUUCAUACGACGUACAACAAACUGGUUUUAACUGAUGAUCAGAAACAACUGAUCAGGUACUCCUGGGAAUUUUUUGAACCGAAAAAAACAGCAAUUGGGAGAAAGAUGUUUGUCAAUCUAUUUCAAGUGUACCCUGAGAUGCAGAACUUAUUCCCAGAGUUUCGUGGUCAGGGUAAUGUGGACAAACUUGAGACAACACAGUUCCUCAAUGGCCAUGCAAAACGUCUUAUGACGGCAGUUGAAAAUAGCGUCAACGCAUUGGGAGAUUUCGAAUCUUGCUCAACCUAUCUUCAAGAGUUGGGAAGGAGACACAAGAUACGAAAAUUAAAGCCACACUAUUUGGAGAGAAUGGGCGCAGCAAUGAUGUUGGCUUUCAAAGAACUUUAUCCAGAUUUAUGGACGGAAGAAACAGACGAAGCAUGGAAUAAACUAUACAAAUACAUCUCAGAUAUGAUGGUCGAAGGAUUGAACUCGCCAUAAACAUGCAUAACGAAAUAAACGACUU